AGCAAGAAAUUCAAAAUCUAGUUGAAAAAUAUUCAAAAAACCAAAAAACUAACGAGAGAGCAAGCAUCGACAAGUGUGUCAAGAAAAGCGAAAAAAAAGGACCCGUCCAUCAGCGGCAUCUGAAGACAACGACAGCGACAGCGACAGCGGCAGCAGCAAGAGCAAGGAUGUCGGACAAGCCCAAGGAUCCGGAGCAGCAGCAGGAGGAGCAACAAGGGCAGCAGGAGCCAAAGGAGACUCUCAAGGAGCACGAGUACGAGCGAGAGGAGGUGAAGGUUGAGGUCCAGGUGGAGGCUGAACCAGAAGCCGACCCGGAACUGGAGCCGGAAGGCGGGGGCAGCGUCAGCACCAGCCACACCCAAAGCACCGGCAGUGGCAUGGGCACAGGCGUAGAGGGCCCAGCUGUAGAGUCUGCACCGGGACCUGUCUCUGGAUCGGGAACAGGCUCUGGCUCUGGCACGGGCUCUGGAACAGGCUCCGCAUCGGGCACGGGCCCGGGCUUGGGACCCGGAGCCGUUAAUGCUUCGGCUAAUGGCGGCGGCGCAGAGAUGGAGCGCGACCGGGACAGGGAUUCGCACGGCGACAGAUCCACCCACAGGGAUGAGUUUGGCACCCAGCGUGUCUACAAGAAGACGUCACCCAAUUGUGUGCUCACCCUGUAUCUACCAACCCGCGAGAUCACGCUCACCGGCAACAAUCCAUCCGUGUUGCGUGGCAUUGUCUAUGUCGACCCCAAAGCCAUUCAGGGAUAUCGCGUAUACGCCCAGUUGACGCUCACGUUCCGUUAUGGCCGCGAGGACGAGGAGGUGAUGGGUCUACGAUUCUGCAACGAGGCCAUCAUGUCGCUGCAUCAGAUUUGGCCACGUCUCGAGGAACCAACGCCGGAGUCACUCAGUCCCCUGCAGGAGGCUUUGAUGAAGCGCCUGGGCGAUGGCGCCCAUCCCUUCACCCUGUCGCUAUCCGCCCAUGCCCCGCCCAGUGUGCAGCUGGUCCCGGCCAAGCGAUACUAUGGAGCCCCGAUCGGCACCAGCUACGAUGUCCGCUGCUUCAUUGCGGACAAGACCGAUGAGAAGUUCCAUCGCCGCGCCUCUGUCAAAAUGGGUGUUAGGGUCAUCUAUCGCACGGACGUCUUUCAUCAGAAUCUGGCUCCCGAACACUUUGCCGCUUUUGCUGGUGGCCAGCAUGGUGCCCAGUCACCGCCGGCCAGUGCCACGCCCCCAACCAGUGCUGAGGGUGGUGGUGGCAGCGACCAGCAACAGCAGCAGCAGCAGCAGCAGCCAUUCUGCAAUCCCGGAAAUCCCUGCAACCAUCCUCAUUCCCACUCGCACUCCCACUCGCAGCCUGCCAGCGGAUCAAAGCAAAAGGCCAAAUCCGAGCGGGGUGACUCCUUCCCCAAACUACGCCUCUCACCCAAAUCCUUUCGCUUCAGCGGUCGCUUUGGACGCAGCAAGAGCGAGAUUGAAAAGUGCCCAAAUGAUCCCUUUCACAACUACAGCAAGUCCUUCCAGGAGCACUGUGACAGCAUGUUGCCGCCGCAUACUGGAGCCGGGGUCACCGGCGGCAUAGGCGGCGUUAGCGUGGGUCCUUGCGGCGGUCCUCAAGGUUCUGUGGACAAGCCCUUUUUGCUACACGAUGGACGCGUGGGUCUAAGGGCCAGUUUGGACAAGGGAUGGUACACGCAUGGCGAGGAUGUCAAUGUGACCGUCCAAAUAAGGAACGACAGCCGCAAGACGGUUCGCAAAGUGCGGGUCUGCGCCAUUCAGCACGUGGACGUAUGCAUGUUCAACAAUGGGAAGUUUAAGAAUGUGGUCGCCGACUCGGACAACAUUACACCACCGGUGGAUCGCACUGUGGCCGCCGGGGCCUCCUUGAACACUGUGGUCAAGCUUCGACCGCAGCGUGGUCCCACCAAGAACUGGAUCGCCUUGGAGGAUACACUGCAACGCAGCACAGAGCCGGAGGAGAUCACCGGAGCCAUUGCCGCCUCGGCUAUACGCUCACCGCAUUGUGUUUUCCAGAAUGCCCAACUACUGGCUGGCCAUCCACUGGCCAGUCCCGCUCUGGUGACACCCCAUCCGCAUCAGUACCAGGCGCCGGCAUGCCAGCAGAUUCAGUCGGCCCAUCCUGGUGGCAACUCGAACUCAUCCGGCGGCACCGAGGAGCGCAAUGUCUUUGCCAUCUAUGUUUCGUAUUAUGUCAAGGUGAAGCUUACCCUUAGUGGCAUGGGUGGUGAAUUGUCGCUAAAGUUGCCCUUUGUCCUGGUCCAUGUGGAUGAGACACAGCGUCCUGGCUUUGCCUCGGCCACCCUGGGUGAGUUGCGGAUGGAAAUGGAGCGCCUGGCUCUGCAGGAUGUGCCUGUGGGCAGGCGAAAUGGACGGCGGCAGAACUCCUCGAAUGCUGCUGGCGGUGCCACCUCAGAGAUUGGCGACGGACCCUCCACCAGUGCCGCCGCCGCCGCUGCUGCUGCAGCUCAGGCUCAAAGUGCAUCGCACCUGGACAGGAUUGAGAGUGUAGACGAUGAGUUCAAUAUCCGUGUGCCAGUGCCAAGGAAUGGCUCUCACAAGCGUCGCCUGCAGCGCAGUGAGACACUGGCCCGCGAUCUCGAGGAGCAGGGCCCAACAGCCGAGGAGGCGGAUGAGGAUGAAGUGGAGCAGGAGGAGCAUAUUGUUCAGAUCCAUCUGGAGCAGGUCUCGCCCGACCGUGAUGAGGUGCAGCAGGAGCAGAGGGAGCGACAGGAGCAGCGAGAGCAGCCAGAGGGCCGUGCCCGAGGUCCUGGAGCCGAGACGGGCGCAGUGCCCAAGUCAUCGAAUGUGUGAUUCUGAUUGUGGUCCCAGAUGUUUGCCAAGCGCAAGAGAAAGCCAUAAGGAAGGCACAAGACACUAGGAAGCUGAAGCGUUACUAUCCCGAGUCCUGAUUCCCCUCAUCCCGCAUCCCCUGUUCCCUUAUUUUGGCAGGACUGGAAUCAAUCUGGCUUUGUGUUAAAAUCCAGGAUUAUCAAAGAUCUCUUUCUCAUUUCCAGAUCCAGAUCGAUUUCAGAUUGCAUUCCUCUCUUGUAUCUUGUAUACCCUUACACACACAUUCAUAUACAUUUAAUCAAAAUUAAGAUAUAGAUAUAGUAAGAGGAUAUAGGAUAUGCAGACAAGUUGGAGGCCAUCUCCGCAUCAGUUCGAUUUGUAUUUGUCAUAAAAACCAGUUGAUCCACCAGGGGAUCUGGCCAGAAGGCCUGGAAGAGUUAGCUCUGUUCUGGAAACGGAAGCCAGAAGUAGUAGAGUUACCCGAGUGUACAUUUAAUACGAAAAUGUUUCAGUUCCGGUUUCACAAGUCACAAGUUAGAAGGCAGGAUAUAUGAUAUAUACAUACAUAUGUGUAAGGAGUCAAAAAUGAGGAGUACAAGCCAAAGGACAGACGCUACUUAAAGUUGAGCUUAUCUUAAGCAGACGAAGGUUUCCAAGAAAGGAGAGCAGGAGGUGCCAGAUGUAACGAUCUACAAAUGACGGAAGACGAAUCUCGGCAACGAGUAACUAUCCAAACGAAAGACAGACGAUGGACAUAGAGAGACAUGAGACAAACGACCCACAAAGACCGAGUAAUGAGUAGCGAGUCCAUAGAGUUUAGGACAUAGGGAUUAGGACAUUCGAAUGGCAGGCACAUUGAUGUAUUAGUUAGCUUUGGCAUUCCCUAGGAAUCAGACAAUGAAUUAAGGGUGAAAUUUUUUGCAGAUUGAUCGUAAUCGAAAGCGAAAGCGAAACCGACGAAUGAGUUGAACUUGAAGCCGAGCUAGAUAUAGUCACUAAUUAGUAAGGAUUAUCAUUUGAUAUUAGCCAUGCAAUGCGUUGAAAUUGAUGAUAUUGACGAUGAUGUCAAGGGAUUUUGGUCUUGAGCCAGCCAGUAUUAGCUCUGAAAUAAAGGAGAAUGGAGAUGAGGACAGGAGUUUUGGAGCAAGCCAACCCAGAGACACAUCCAAGUAUACACAUAUAGAUCGUAAGUGAAUGUAAAGUCCAUAUGCAUGUACAAGUAAUCGAUGUAUCGGCACCCUUAGGGUGGCUCGACAAUUACCUAAUUAAUCACAUUAUAUACACACAUAUAUAUUUACCAAAUAUUAAAUGUUUGAUGUGUAUUUACAAAGUGACAAUGAAAUCUUACAGAGGCCAAAAGGGCGACGAUACACACGAAACCCAUAGACCUACUGCUACACACAAAGUACCAUAAUAUAUCAUAUACAUAUAUUUGUGUGAAAAUCUCGUUUCGGUUUCAAACUGACGAAAGAUAGUAUUUACCAAUCACUUGCCCACACUUAUAGACAACCAGAAAGGCGGUUAGCAGAGCCCCAAAUACAUACACAUACAUAUAUUGGUAGUUUUAGGUUAAUUAAGCUGAGAAAACAUGAAUGGUGGUGAACAGGCAUUGGGCAGGCAGCAAAGGAUAUUCAUAUAUCCAGUAUUGUUCCGAAAAGUAGUCUCUACACAUAGCUAUAGUUUUUGAGAUCGUAUUGCCAAUCCAACGAUGAUGUGGAGUCGGGUCCUGUGCCCCAGAAAUGACAGAUGAUGAAGGAGAAAGGAAAGAUUAAGUCCCAGUGGAAAUCGAAGAUUUUUAAUGUUAGUUUCUAAGGCAAAAAAUGAAUAUCCAUACACUAUACAAUACCGAUUCUAUAUCCGUGUAUCUGUGUCUAUGAUUAAUGUGCAACAUUGAAUACAUUUCAACAAUUGAAUAAACAAGAAUUUAUUGAUGUAGAACGCUACGCUCGGCUUAAAGGACGAUUAAACAUAGAUAUUCGGAUAUGCAGAUCUACUAUACCUAUAUACUAUAUUCAUAUAGAUAUAUAUUAUUGAUGUCAGUGUGUUGCUUUGACAAGCCAAGCUACUAACUAAACAAAAAUUAAUACAAAAAAAAAACUUAAAUGUGAUGCAUUUCUAUGUGAGUACACGAAUAAUAUUUAGCAUAAACACCACCCAGAAAUCCAACCUUCAAUCUUGAUCCAAGCGCCGCGCCAAUCUUUUCCACUUUACGAGCUGGACUCUAGCCUGGACCCACCCCCCAAUCCUAAUCUGUCCUGUCCCGUCUCCUCCCCAGCUUACCCCUCUGUUCUGUCACCAGGCCACCAGCCAGCGGCCACCAGAUAGCCACCAGAGCCACUUGAUUGAUGAUGGAUCCUGGCGGGUGGCCAGUCACCAGUGGGCGGUGCAAAACGGGCGGAGCCUGGUGGCAGACAGACCGCAUUAGGACAUCCGAAAACAUAAUGAAAUA